GAAAAUUAGUCACAGUGAACAAUUUUCCAAAUUACUGCUAAAGUUUUCUAUGUAAAACAUGAGAGAAUAAAUGAAAAAAUACCAUCGUGCUUUAUCGCGCAUAGUUCAACUAAACAUUUCGUAACUUAGCAUCCAUAUACCUAGACGUCCUAGACCCCGGUAAAUCUUUUGAACCAAGGCCGUCGUUAAUUUGGCGACACUAAUUUGGCGACCGACACAACUUAACAAAAGCCAGAUGCGCGCGCACUGACGCCACUGGAUGCCACACAUCCAGAAAAGAUCGACGCACGUUUAGCUCACUAAUUUGUUUCGUGUCACAGCUAAUAUUUAAUUGGUUCAGCAGUGCUAGGUUGUGUUUCUAUUGUUAUUGACGUGAUUGCCCACUGAUCAUAAUAGUAAGUAAUUUAAUAGUUUUAUUUUUUUAGAAUAAUAUAAUAUUAUUCCUAAUAUUUCCAGACAAAUGGAUAAGUUUUUGAUAGGAUAUAAGCGAAAAUCCACUAAUAAUGAAGAUUCUGAUGUUGGCACAAGUAGUGGGAAUACAAGCCACAAGGAACAGGAAGGAAGAACUCCCAAGACAAGGAAAUACGACUUAUCCUAUUUAUCGUUCGGAUUUACUAAUAUUAUUAACGAUAAUGUGGAAAAACCAAUGUGUUUGUUGUGUUCAAAAGUUUUGGCUGCUGAUAGUAUGAGACCCGGCAAAUUGAAACGGCACCUUGAAACUAUUCAUUCUGAAUACGUUGGUAAGCCCCAAGAAUUUUUUCAAAGAAAAUUGGAUGAGUUAUCUAAAAACAAGCAAAAUUUCAAAAAAAUUGUUCAUAUUCCAUCAAAUGCAUUACUAGCAUCAUACCUAGUGUCGUACAGAAUCGCGCAAUGUAAAAAACCCCACACAAUAGCAGAAACCUUAGUUUUGCCAGCAGCUAUUGAUAUGGUCAAAACAAUGUUUGGCCAAUCUUAUGCGAAUCAGCUGCGACAAAUACCGCUUGCUGAUAAUACAAUUGGCAGAAGAAUUGAUGAUAUAUCUGAAGAUCUUUGUGACCAAUUAGUUUCUCGAAUGCGUACUUCAAAAUUCGCCAUACAAGUAGAUGAAGCUACUGAUGUAGCUAAAGACGCACAUUUAAUUGCAUAUGUUCGAUAUGUUGACGAUACUAAUAUAAUUGAAGAUAUCUUAUUUUGCAAACCAAUUCCUGACAGAGCCACAUCCAAUGAAAUUUUCAAAAUAAUAGACAGAUUUUUUAAUGAGAACGACAUAAUGUGGAAUAAUUGCAUUGGGCUCUGUACUGACGGUGCACAAUCAAUGGCGGGACACAAAACUGGUCUUCAAACACUAGUUAAAAUGAAAACACCUGAGGUUCUCUGGAAGCACUGCAUGCUCCACAGAGCAGCUCUCGUAUCAAAAACUAUAAGCGAGGAACUUAACAAUGUUUUUGCAAAAGUAACGAAAGUUAUAAAUUACAUAAAAAACAGUCCAUUAAAAGCAAGGUUGUUCGCAAAACUGUGUGAAGAUAUGCGAGCUAAUUACACGUCACUUCUGUACUAUUGUGAAGUGCGCUGGCUAUCUCGUGCAAAAGUGAUUCAAAGGGUACUUGAACUCAAAGAAGAAAUUGCUAUGUUUCUCGAGGAAAAUCAUAAUGAAGACGGCAAUAUGUUUAGGGAUGAUAAUUUUAUCGUUAAACUUACAUAUUUGGUUGACAUUUUUGAAAAAUUGAGUGUUCUUAAUAAAUCAAUGCAAGGACCGCAAAUGCAUUUGCUUAUACAAAAAGACAAAGUGAAAGCAUUUAUUAAAAAAGUGGAGCUAUGGAAAUCAAAUUUGCAAAAAAAUAAGAUUGACAUGUUUCCACGUUUAAAUUUAUGCGCCCGAGAUAACAUAGAAGCAAACAAAAAUCUCUUUGUGGAACACUUGAAUGGUUUGUUGCUUCAAUUUUCGAAUUAUUUUGGUGAUCUUGAUUUUACAAAGUUUGCGUGGAUACAGAAUCCAUUUAUCGACGAAGAAGAUGAUGAAUUUGGAUUGACAAGUAUUGAAAAAGAAAAAUUGAUUGAAUUAUCUUGUGAUACUACAUUAAAACAUAAAUUUCAGACUGUAUCUCUGGUUCAAUUCUGGUUGAAUCUUCAUACAGAAUAUAACACUUUGUCAAACAAAGCUUUGAAAGUACUGCUGCCGUUCGCAACAUCAUAUUUAUGCGAAACGGGAUUUUCUGCCUUGGCUGCAAUGAAAUCCAAAUAUCGAGCUCGUUUAGUUGUAGAAAAAGAGCUACGAGUAGCUAUAUCGUCACAAACACCAAGAUUUGAUAAACUUUGUGCUAAUAGACAAGCACAUCCAUCUCAUUAAAA